CCACAUAUCUAGUAAACAUUUGACAUAAAAUCUACCAUGAAAAUGUAUUAUUAAAUAACAUGUCGGCUUUAGUAGUUAACCUACACCUAUAAAGAAAAAUCAAAACAAAACACAUACAUUGUAUGUAUAUAAGUAUAAUUAUAUAUUAUGCAUGCAUAAAUGUUAUCCGCUGACCGACCGACCAGUGAUAAUAUAUAUUUAUUAUUAUGUUAUAAACAAUUUCAUUCACAUAGGUACGCUUCUUUUUUUGUCACGCACGGCAAACCCGUCCUUACCCCCGAGCUCUUUUCGAUUUUAUAUAUAAAGGCGCUCUCCGCGCGUGAACGCGGUUUAUAUCAUCACCACAGUUGAUACGCGACGGACGUGUCGAUCGUGAUCGUAUAAUUUUAGAGUUGAGUUAGUUAGUGAGCGAGUUCGAGCAGUCGUCGUAAUGGCACGUACAAAGCAGACAGCCCGUAAGUCCACCGGCGGUAAGGCGCCGCGAAAGCAGCUCGCCACCAAGGCGGCCCGCAAGAGCGCUCCCGCCACCGGCGGCGUGAAGAAGCCUCACCGUUACAGGCCCGGCACCGUCGCGCUGAGAGAGAUCCGUCGCUACCAGAAGAGUACCGAGCUGUUGAUCCGCAAGUUGCCGUUCCAACGUCUGGUGAGGGAGAUUGCGCAGGACUUCAAGACCGACCUCAGGUUCCAGAGCUCCGCCGUGAUGGCGCUUCAGGAGGCGAGCGAGGCGUAUCUGGUGGGUCUCUUCGAGGACACCAACCUGUGCGCCAUUCACGCCAAGCGAGUGACGAUCAUGCCCAAGGACAUCCAACUGGCGAGACGCAUUCGCGGCGAGCGAUCGUAUAAUUUUAGAGUUGAGUUAGUUAGUGAGCGAGUUCGAGCAGUCGUCGUAAUGGCACGUACAAAGCAGACAGCCCGUAAGUCCACCGGCGGUAAGGCGCCGCGAAAGCAGCUCGCCACCAAGGCGGCCCGCAAGAGCGCUCCCGCCACCGGCGGCGUGAAGAAGCCUCACCGUUACAGGCCCGGCACCGUCGCGCUGAGAGAGAUCCGUCGCUACCAGAAGAGUACCGAGCUGUUGAUCCGCAAGUUGCCGUUCCAACGUCUGGUGAGGGAGAUUGCGCAGGACUUCAAGACCGACCUCAGGUUCCAGAGCUCCGCCGUGAUGGCGCUUCAGGAGGCGAGCGAGGCGUAUCUGGUGGGUCUCUUCGAGGACACCAACCUGUGCGCCAUUCACGCCAAGCGAGUGACGAUCAUGCCCAAGGACAUCCAACUGGCGAGACGCAUUCGCGGCGAGCGUGCUUAAUUUUGCGUAAUAUGUAUACAUAACAUAACAUAUUAUUAUUAUUAUUAUUAUUACUACAACAAAAGGCCCUUUUCAGGGCCGCAUAUGAUUCAAAUGAUGCAUCUAAUUGUGCACACUCAACAGUAGUGCCACAGUCAGACAGACAUCACGUGUCGAACGAUUAAAACGUAAAACUUUUAAAAUAAAAUAAAAAAAAAGUAAUGAACUGAUAGAAAAUUAUUAAUCAAUUGUU